AGGAGACGGACGUAGAUGAAAAUCUAAAUUAAGUUUCAAACUUUUUGUUGUUCAUGUAGCUUGACUCUUUUCAUAAUCAUUGUUUACUCCUUGUGUUUAUCAAGCUGAAACUUGUGUUGUUGUACGACGAAGCUCAGGCUUACGCUGUUACCUCAAGUAGCGCAUACCGUUAUUUGAAAUAUCUUUUGAGUUUUUAUUACUAGUAACAGUAUCUUUUAGAAACGCUAACGAUUGAAGAAGAACGAACGAUAAAGAAAAGUACUGUUUGAGGAACAACCACCAGAGUCAAUUACUAUCUCAGACGGGAGGACGAGCAAAAAGAAAAUGUCCCACUACGGGGUGGUGAAAUAUUUCUCCAAAGAAGGCUUCGGCUUUAUCAAACCAGCCGACACCAAGGAUCCUGAUAUCUUCGUCCAUGCGAGAGAUAUUCUGAACCGUAAAGGAUUUCGUGUGCUACUUGAUGGGGAGAGCGUCUCCUUCGACAAAUGCUACGAUCCGACGUCGGAGGAAAAAUGGACGGCGAUUAACGUCACUGGUAAAGGUGACAGCCGGCCGCCGCCGCGAGUGCUCAUCGACAGGUAUUGGAAGGCUUUUACCAGUGUGUUAAUUAAAAUCAAUAUCAAAAGUAAUUUUGAUUUUCUUUUUUGAAAUUGUGAGACGAGUACUGGUGGGUGUGAUCAUAUUCGGAGAAAGGCACUACACAUAGAGAUAGAAUUUUGGUAAUAUAUCUAUCUUUCUCAGGAGCACUUCUUCCACCAGGUAUUGGGACCCUGUGUGUCCAUAUGACGUCAGUGCCCUCGAUGCUGGACUGGUCUGGGCUGCCGCGCAGGAAAAAUGGAAAAUGGCUUACGCCCUGCUGUUAGCCGGCGCCAACGCGCGUCAGAUGGGGAACGGAAGAAGUGCACUGGUAAGAGCAGUUGCUCGCUUCAAUCAGGGAAAUCUCGAUUGCGAGAUCA